CGCCGACCCGAGGACAAGAAGAGGCGAACAGAAGGGCAAGCGAUGCUAACUACGACCCGGUGCAAAUGGACAUGAGUGAGGUAUAGUGAAAGCACACGCCGUUAAUUCUUAAUUCUUAAUUGUUAAGUAUGAAACAUUCGGACAAUGCCUAAGAAGACACCACAGUGACUUUACGGGUGCUGUAUGUACAUGCAAAGUCUUAGGCCUGAUAUAUAAAGGAGAUAAUAUCCGGUUUUGCAAGGUCAUGUCACAUUGAGUCGAUUGGUUAAUCCUAUUUAAUGAGUAAAUUACAAAUUUGCAAGACAUAAGAGUAGUGUGUCUAUGCAUACGCGACAGUUACAUUCGGGUUGUGAUUGGGUAUAAACUGCAGUGUAUUCAUUAUAAGCAAAAGUUAGGCAAAAUUUGCGUUUGGUGCUCGUAGUCCAAAUAAGACAAGACCUUGAAACUUUAUUGAAUGCAGGAUAAUCAGGUUCUAUCAUUGACAUAAUUAAAAUUUAAAUGAUAAGUAAAUGGGAAUAGUGCCAUUUCGUGAGACAAUAUUAACACGUAGCUCUGUUGGUAAUACAUGAUACAAUAUCUACGCAUCUCGGCAAGGUCUAUGCUGUGUGAGGGUCUUUCAAGACUACCCCCAAGUCCUAUUCAGAAGACAGAGGAAAGCAAUAACAACAAUUCAUCCAGAGAAUCCAGUAGCGAACGCACAAACAGUCCUACAACGGCUCAGUCCAAUUUUGGCUCGAGAACGGAAUCAUCUCGAACUUUGCCUUCUCCUUCAGACCAGAGGCGAGCCGAUCACGAGAAUCAUACAAGUUCGAAAGAUGAUCAUAGGCGAGGAGACCGUAGCGAACGGAGUCGUUAUUCGUCCGAUAAAAGUCGGCGCUAUGAUGAUCGAAAACAACGUGACAGUAGUAGUAGUCACAGGGACCGAAGUAGAGAUCGAAGGAAUCGAGAUGAUGACAAGCGUAAAACAUCUCUCUCGUCUAAGGACGAAAAAAAUGAUGACAAAGAGAAAAGCGGAGACAAGGAUCAUCAUUAUAGAGACGAUCGAAGGGAUCGUAAUCGCGACAGGAAUGACAGGAAUGAUAGGGACAGACGCAGGGAUCGCAACGAUCGCAAUGACCGCAGCGAACGUGACCGACGCCACUCCAGGGAUGACCGAUCGAAGGAUCGAUAUCGGGAUGAACGUUCAAGCUAUCACAAAGAAAGAGCUCGCACGCGAUCGAGAUCGCGUUCGAGGGAUCGCGCACCACCAUCGUCAUUCAGGACGAUGAGUUACCGGGAAGAGAAAGGACGGAACAAACUGGCACAGUUGGAAAAAUUGGGCAUAGAGUUGAAACCACCGGAAGGUGGAGACAUUGCGACGCCGGGCAUCCAGGGUGAACAAAAUUAUUAUAAUCCAUUGGCGACGGCGUCACAGGGCAAAUAUGCAGAGCAGAUUCAGAAGAGGAAGCUUUUGUGGGCGAACAAGUCGAAACAAGACGACGGUAAUAACACAUCAACCACGGCUUCUGCCGCCAACACAUGGAUGGGAACGACUUUCACGCACGAUCAGGAUGGGAAAGUGACGGCCAAAUUCAAACGAUUGAUGGGUAUUAAGGGCGACCUGCCCAACGCAUCAGCGGUAGGAGCUAAACCGGAUAUUUUGAAGAAACAGGAGGAAAUGUUUAAUAAUAUGGAGCAACAAUACGAAGUAGCGCGUGCUACCACGCACACGCAACGUGGAGUAGGACUGGGUUACGCUACCGGUGGCUAUCAGUUUCCGCGAUAAAGUGCAUUGAAACCUCAUGCUUAUUUAAUUAUAUUUAAUACUGAUAGAUGCAUAGAUAAUGAUGACGAUGAUGAUAAUAAAAUUACAUUCAGCGACCUUAUGUCGAUUCGGUCUUUUUUUGGACUGAAUCGCGCUAUUUCUAAGUCUUUCCCUGCGAGUCAUGAGAAUGAUAGCAAACUGCAGCUAACCCAGGUUCAAAGUUCACCAUACGAUUGCAAUGAAGUUAUGUAUUUGCGCGUUGUAAGCACUGAAAAUAAAUUUAUUAAGAUUAUCUAAAAAAAAAAA